AUGGGCGCAUUUGAACGACGACGAUUAAUUGAUUAUCAUCCUUAUGGACCUGAAAUACAAUCAACUGAAGUCAAACAAGAAGAAAAUCGUUCAAAGAGUCUCAUUGAAUUGUGUCGAAAUGCCCCUGAUCAACACAUGAUUUUAAGAGAUCUCUUUCUGCAAUCUUUAUUGAAUACUAUGACAGAGGAUGAACUGUUAGCUCUUGCUAUUCAAAGAUCUAUCGAAGAUCAAGAUGAUCUGAGUCCUGGUUUAAAUAUUCUUGCUCGUUUAGCUCAAAAGUCAAUAAGAUUUAAUGAAUUAUGUCUUAUUUUAAAUAGUUCUUUACAAAAUAUUGUUGAUCGAUGGUUUAAUGGGCAACGACUAUUUGCUAGUCAAUUUACAGCUUUGGAAAUUAAACAACUUAUUCGAGCUAUAUUUCAAACAUCUGAAGGACAAACAGCAGCUCUUGGAAAAAUUCAAUAA